AUGAUGUUCGGCUUGUUGUCUCGUCGUGCCUUGGGCCCAGCACUCCUCCGUCCGCUGUAUCAGCGUGGCGUUAUGGCUGCUUCUGGCAAUACACUCAGGACUGCUAUUCCCACUGGGUGGUCCAACAAUGGUUUUCGAGGCUUUGCCAGCAUACCGCCAACUAAGCCGAUAAGCUCUCUAACACCGGUGAAUAACAACUCGAUUGAUACGGUCACGCAGAAGGUUUCGGCCACCGGACUGCUCCCCGCAUUUAAGUCCAAAAUAGCCGAAGUUACUAACAAAAGUGCUAUCUUUGAGAUUUCUGUUGGAGUGGUUUUGGCUCAGUACAAGCAGAUCUUCCUAAGCCUCAUGCGGAACAUCUUCCAAUCCUUCAGACCGCUGCUGAUCACCGUUAUUAUGGGUAACAUGCUCAAGAUGGCUGCAUUCUUGAUGCAAUUCCCCGUAUCGUUCUACUCAAUCUUCUUUUUCGAAGUAUUCUAUGGGAUGGCACAGUUGGCGAUCAGCUUCGUCUUCGUGUGUUUCUUCCACAACGGCAUGAGCCUCCAGACGCGAGCUCGACAACAACUGCUUAGAACGAUGAGCCGUAACUUGAGACGGUUCAAGCAUAUGAUCUACUUUCCAUUAGUGAGCUCUGUGGUUUUCAUGCCUUCAUUCUCAUUGGAACGGCGACUGAAGGGGCACACACAGGUCGUCACCAGCGUGCGGUAUAAUCACAAUGGGAGGUACUGCAUGAGCACUUCACAGGAUCGCUCUAUACGUCUAUGGAACCCGUCUAGCACCGCAUGCGAGCCCAUUAAAACGUACACUGGCCCACACAAUCGUGAUGUUAAUGACUGUUGUAUGACGGACGACAAUGCUAAGUUUGUCUCUGCUGGGGCCGACAAAUAUGUGUUCCUAUGGGAUGUGGCGACAGCAAAGAUUAUUCGAAGAUUUGCGCGACACCGUGGGCCGGUGAACUGUUGUGAUUUCGCGGGCCAAGAGCAGAACAUACUCUUGACAGGGAGCAAUGAUAAAACUGUAAUGUUGUGGGACUGGCGAGCAUUCACCAACAACAAGCCGCUACAGACAUUAACAGAAGCGUAUGAUUCUGUGCAGGCCAUCAAGGUCAUCAACGAGUACGAGGUACUCACUGGAAGUCUGGACGGCUGCCUUCGACGUUAUGACGUUCGCUAUGGUCGGCUCACGGUUGACGAAUUCGAUGGGCAGUCGAUCAGUUGUAUAUCAGCAAGCUCUGAUGCACGAUAUCUUCUACUCGGUAUGCUCGAUAGUGGCAUACGACUAGUGGAGACACAGAGUGGUCGGGUCGUUAAGAACUACAAGGGCAAGCAUGUCAAUCGAAGCUACAAAAUCUAUUGUACGUUUGACGGUUCCGAGAACCUUGUCCUCACUGGUUCGGAGGCAGGGAGUUUGGCGUGGUACGAUGUAGCCGACGACGAUUCAACUGGUUUUGUUACAGCACCAGCUAACAGCGGCGCAGUCCUAUGCGUACGGUCUUUCGAGUCGCAAGUGCUGGCCACCACACAAUCGGGUGAAAUACUGGUCUACCAUUCUGAUCCUCAACAGUCCACUGAGCUGGGCCCGGCGCAGGCAAACGUUUCUAAGUGA